CCGACACUCGAAUCGCAUAAACAGUCCUAGGAGAGUUACGAAUGGAUUUGUUUCCGUUAUGUGUUUAAUACGUUCUAUUUAACAAAAAAAUCCCAACACAGAAUGACCAGAGAACAGGAAGGGGUAAGGAGCAGGAGGGCCCAAAGUGUUACCCGUGCAGAAGAAAUACAGGCUGUUGAGAAAAAAGUCAGAUAUUCUCAACCAGAUAAGCCAUGUCACAGACCAAGAGAUUCCCUGUUCUCGUGGACGUCGGGAUUCAAAAAUUUCACGGGAUUCGUGAACUGGGCUUUCCUCUUACUAACCAUGGGAAGUGUAAGACUGUUACUAGAAAAUUUUAUAAAAUACGGUAUUAGAGUGGAUCCCCUGCAAUGGAUUUACGUGUUAACAGGUCUGAACGAUGGCGGAAAUGGACACCCCGCUAUUGUUUUGAUACUUUAUUCCAUAGUUCCUAUCACAACAUGUCUGCUUGUUGAAAAGGGUUUGUCAGUGGAAAUUAUACCGCACAUGUUAGGGAUGCUUACCCAUAUCUUCAAUUUAAUAGUUCUAAUUAUGCUCCCCAUGGUAGUAAUACAUUUGAAAGAGGGAUUCAACUUAGUUGGCGCGUCUGUUGUAACAUCCUUUUAUACAGUUUUAUUUUUGAAAUUGUGGUCCUACAUUCAAGUGAAUAUGUGGUGCCGUAGCACUCAUCAGAAGAAAAGGAAUACAUUGAGGAGAUCUUCGGCAUCUUUCAGUACGAUAUCCAGGUCUGCAGACAACAGCCUAGAUUCGUCUUCGGAAAAAUUAGAAACCAAGGAAACGCAACUGGUACAAUAUCCAGACAACCUCAAUCUGAGAGAUAUGUUUUACUUUUUAUGUGCACCAACGCUAUGUUACGAGCUCAAUUUUCCAAGAACGGAGAGAAUAAGGAAGAGGUUCCUCAUAAAACGGAUUUUCGAAGUGGUCGCCGGCACUCAGAUAGUGUUCUGCGUGAUUCAGCAAUAUAUGAUUCCGUCAAUAAUCAAUUCUUUGAUUCCAUUCAGCAAUAUGGAUAUUACUCAAACGACGGAGCGGCUUUUAAAGCUAGCGAUACCUAACCACCUCACGUGGCUGAUUUUCUUUUACAUUACAUUCCAUUCCUACUUGAAUCUGAUAGGUGAACUAUUGCAAUUUGCCGAUAGAAACUUCUACGCGGAUUGGUGGAAUGCAAAUAACAUCGAUACAUUCUGGAGAAACUGGAAUUUGCCAGUACACAGAUGGGCUGUUAGACAUUUAUAUUUGCCUAUAGUCGAAAUGGGUUUCAACAAGUCACUCGCCGGUGUAUCAGUGUUCUUCUUGAGUGCCUUCUUCCAUGAAUACAUGGUAAGUGUCCCACUUAAGACGUAUAAAAUUUGGGCGUUCACUGGUAUGAUGGCCCAAAUACCACUCUCGUCUUUCGCCAACAAAGUGGAGAAAAGAUUUGGACCACGAUGGGGCAAUCUCAUCGUGUGGUCCUCACUCAUUCUCGGACAACCACUUUGUAUAAUGAUGUACUACCACGACUAUGUUGUAACCCAUUACGGAGAGUCUCUCUUAGAAGAAUAUGGACACAUCUGAAUAGAAACAAAGUCCAUAAAUCGUUACCAUAUCAAGCAAACGAUUAAUGUUUUACUCAUGAUUCAAGAACGAUAACAAUGAAGAUAUUUUAUCGUUGUACAGAAAUACUGCAUAUCUUGAAAUUUAAAUGCAAAUUUCAUAAUCCUAUUAUUUUAUACAAAUUUUUGUACUUAGAUUUAAUGGAAUUGUAAUACAAAGAACUGUUAUAUGUACGAAAAUAAAUAUAUUUCAAACUGUU